AUGCCCCCGGGGCCUACGGGAGGGGGGUCUGGAGCUGCGCGGCUGUUGGGGGCGGGUCAACUUGAAAACACGGGGUUUGAUAUUAUUUUAUCUUUUGCAGGGUAUUUUUCUUCCUCGGGGUGUCGAACGGACAGCGAUGGAAAACCGGCAAAAUUUCAGCCGCCUCCAAAGCCCGUCAUUGUUGACAAGCAGAAGCAGCAAGAUGAGAGGAGGUUCCUGAGCCCUGAAUUUAUACCUCCUAGAGGAAGAACAGAUCCCUUUAAGUACUAUAUAGAAAGGAAGGAUAUGAUACAGAGAAGAAAAGUCUUCAACAUCCCCGAGUUCUAUGUUGGCAGCAUCCUCGCUGUUACUACUGCAGAUCCAUAUGCCAAUAACAAAACCAACCGGUUUGUAGGCAUCUGCAUUCAAAGAGGAGGAAAAGGACUUGGCGCUACCUUUGUUCUUCGGAAUGUUAUAGAAGAUCAAGGUGUUGAAAUACGUUAUGAACUGUACAAUCCUCGAAUCCAGUCGAUAGAGGUUCUGAAGCUGGAAAAGAGGCUGGAUGACAACCUGAUGUACCUGCGAGAUGCUCUCCCUGAAUAUAGUACAUUUGAUAUGAAUAUGAAACCUGUGUCUCGUUUAGCCCAUGAAGAAAUCCCUGUAAACAAGCUGCAGGUACGAAUGAAACCUAAGCCAUGGUCAAAACGGUGGGAAAGGCCACAGUUCAACAUUAAAGGAAUAAAGUUCGAGCUACCUGAGGAAAAAAUGAAAGAAGCACAGAAGUGGAGCAAGCCCUGGCUGGAGUUUGAUAUGCUGCGGGAAUAUGAUACCUCAAAAAUAGAGGAAAAGAUUUGGAAAGAAGUGAGCGAAGAGCUUAAAAAAUAGUAAUGGCUUUUGCACUUUGGGAAUUAUGGAGAAAUUUAAUACUUACUUUGACUUUAGUCUUUAGAUUAUCAGUUGUCAAGUUGGUUUGUUGUUUUUUUUACAAGCAUAGGCAAUGUAAGCAAUAAAAGCAAUGAAGUUAACCUUUCCAGAAGAUUUUAAAGCAUAGACUCUUGUGGUUGAGCAAUGACUUUCUGUUUCUGGAAACAGCCAUUCCUUUUGCUGAGCCUCAUAGAAUCACAGAAUGGUUUGAGGUGGAAGGGAGCUUAAUCUACUUCCAAAACCCCUGCCCUGGGCAGGGACACCUUCCACUAGACCAGGCUGGCUCAAAGCCCUGUCCAGCCUGGCUUUUAAUCUGGCUCCUUUUUAAAAUUACGGUUCACAAGAUAGAUGGGUUUGUAUCACCCAGACAAGACAGGUGUAUUGUCAUUUCCGAAUACAUCUGCUGCUUCUCUCUUUGCAGACUAGGGAGGGGCCAGUUGUAGAACUGCUUCACUUCAGUAGUAGGCUAUAGCGGGGAAGUGGAGAUAUUUGAGUCAACUGUAUACUCUAAGCAUAAGCACUGUUUAGUUUUCCCAUUAAAAAAAAAAAAGUUUCCUGUUUCUGAGAGAUGAGCAUUACUGCUCUGCCAACAGAGGAGCAAAUACAAAUGCUCUGAAACCAGUUCUGAAGAACCAAACCAGAUUGGACAGACUAUGCUGUUUAAGCUAAAUCAUGUGAGUUAGUGUAAGGUUCAAGAUAAAUGCUCACAGAGGGUCAGAGCAGGUUCUCAGUACUGGGACAGCUGAUUUCACAAAAUUAUACAUCCACAGCAGAAGCACGCAGGUGUAAACUCUGUUCCUGUGCUUACAAGUCACUGCACAGGAUCUUUCUUCCAGAAAGAACCACCUACACAGCUAAAUUGUGACAGAACAUCUAUCACAUUUUCAUAAUAGCAUAAGGCUGGUUGCUUCAGGAAAGACAGCUGGGAUGAGACAAGAACAAGAUAAGCAAUGAGGUCAGGAGCUGCUGGAUGUUGCUGAUGACCUAUUGCAAUUUUGUUGGCAUUCUGAGAAGAAAAACAACAGAAAUUCACCAUUACUAGAAAGCAGGAUGUGGAACAUCAGCUCAUACCUCCUAGAGGUAAUGAAGGCUAAUGGUGUCUGAGUUUUUUUUCUGCUUCUAGUAACAUUCCUGUCACAUGUUGAAGAACUGAAUUGUAGGAGUCAUUAACACAGCAAAAUAUUUUUACUUCAUUAAAAAAAAAAAACCUUUUAAAAAUCA